AUGAGCAAGCCUCUAAACAGUGGCGUUCGAGCUGCCACGCGUAUAUCACAAUCACUACCACAUGCACCACGAAGAAGAUACGCAUCACACCCGCCCAAAGCCCGGCUAAACAUCCCCACAGACUAUGGCACUACUCCGCUCCUCCACCACACCUCCAAAUCCGCCCUCGCCAACCAAGAACUUCCCCAAGAGGCACGAAACGGCACUACAGAUAGGAAGAAUCUUUUCCAAGCCAUCAAUGGCGCUCUCUCGCACGCUUUACGGAACGACCCUAGAGUCUUGCUCUUCGGCGAGGACGUCGCUUUCGGCGGCGUGUUUAGGUGCAGUAUGAAUCUCGCCAGCGAGUUCGGCGAAGACCGUGUCUUCAACACUCCACUGAGCGAGCAAGGUCUCGUGGGUUUCGCAAUUGGCGCUGCAUGCGAGGGCAUGAGACCUGUGGCGGAAGUGCAGUUUGCGGAUUAUGUUUUCCCGGCCUUUGACCAGAUUGUGAAUGAGGCUGCGAAGAUACGGUACAGGGCUGGAAGUAAUGAGGGAAUGGAUUGUGGCGGAUUGACGAUUAGGAUGCCGAGUGGUGGGGUAGGGCACGGGGCGCUCUACCAUAGUCAGAGUCCAGAGAGUCUGUUCACGCAUGUCCCGGGGUUGAGAGUGGUGGUGCCAAGGAGUCCGACCCAGGCGAAGGGGCUGUUGUUGGCGGCGAUUGAGAGUCCAGAUCCCGUCAUCUUCUUGGAACCGAAGAUCUUGUAUAGGGCUGCAGUGGAGCAUGUGCCGGCUGAGGCUUACACAUUACCAUUGAGCAAGGCAGAGGUCUUGAAGAAGGGAAAAGAUGUGACCAUCAUAUCCUACGGCACGCCGCUCUAUAGGUGCCAGGCGGCGUUGGCAGCAGCGGAGAAGGAUCUGAAGUGCGAAGUGGAGCUGAUCGAUCUGAGGACGAUCUACCCAUGGGAUAAGGAAACUGUCACGAACUCUGUGAACAAGACCGGACGCGUGAUUGUCGUGCAUGAGAGCAUGGUGAACGCUGGCAUUGGUGCGGAGGUUGCAGCAACGAUACAGGAGAAGUGCUUCCUGAGACUGGAGGCUCCAGUUCAGCGAGUGGCGGGUUGGUCGACACAUAAUGGGCUAGCAUACGAAGCCUUCAACUUCCCCGACGUUACCAGAAUAUACAAUAGCAUCAAGAAUGUAUUGGACUACUGA